UGGAGUGUUUUUUCAUCUUCGCUCUUUCCUGGAAGCUAUGACUUUUCAACCUUUCCAUGUAUUGAUAUAGGUAACUUUUCAACUUGAGGGACUGUUUUGAAAAUCUAACUACAGAAAGCUCUGUGAAUUGAAUCAGAAAAGACUAGAAACUAUAAAAUUCAAACUCAAAAAAGAAGGAAAUAAAAUGCACCGCAGGGUUGUCGUAACUGGAAUGGGAGUAGUCUCACCUAUUGGCACAGGACUGAGAGAAGCCUGGAAAGAAAUUGUAGCUGGGAAAUCUGGAAUAGUCAAACUGGAUGCACCAGAAUAUGAGCAGUUCCCCUGUAGAAUAGCAGGUUUUGUUAAAGAUAAGGGAUCAAGAUUAGAGUUAAGCAGCUACUUCAGUAAAUCAGAGCUGAAAACAAUGGCUCCUGCAACAGGUUUUGCCUUGUUAGCUGCUAAAGAAGCUCUAGUAGAUGCGAAUUUGGAAACCAUGAGUGAUGAACUGAAGAAUAAUAGUGGUGUAGCUGUGGGAAUGGGAAUGGUAGAUUUGGAAGAUAUCUGUAGAACAUAUGACUCUUUGAAAAAGGGCUACCAUCAAGUUAGUCCUUUUUUUGUACCACGAAUUCUACCUAACAUGGCUGCUGGUCAAAUAAGCAUAAAAUUUGGUUUGAGAGGACCAAAUCAUGCAAUUUCAACAGCGUGUGCUACAGGAGCUCAUGCUAUUGGUGACUCAUUUCGUUUUGUAAAACAUGGAGAUGCUGAUAUAAUGUUAUGUGGUGGUACCGAGGCUAGUAUAUCACCCCUUUCCAUAGCAGGGUUUUGUAGACUGAGAGCUCUGAGUACUUCUUUCAAUAAUGAACCUGAAAAGGCUUCUAGACCUUUCGAUAAGUUGAGGGACGGGUUUGUAAUGGGUGAAGGGAGUGCAAUAUUGAUAUUGGAAGAAUUAAAUCAUGCCCUGAGUCGAAAUGUUGACAUUUAUGCAGAAGUUUUAGGCUAUGGUUUAUCUGGGGAUGCAUCACACUUAACAGCACCCAGACAAGAUGGUACUGGAGCUUAUCUUGCAAUGAAAAGAGCUAUAAACAAUGCUAAAAUCAAUAUUGAUGAUGUUACUUAUGUUAAUGCUCAUGCUACAUCCACACCUCUUGGAGAUGCCAUAGAAACAAGAGCAAUAAAAAAACUUUUCAGAAAUAGUUGCAAUAACAUAGCAGUUUCAUCCACAAAAGGUGCUCACGGACAUUUACUAGGUGCUGCAGGAAAUUUGGAGGCAGUUUUCAGUAUUUUAGCAAUAAAGGAGGGUAUAUUGCCACCUACUAUUAAUUUAGAAUCAAUAGAGGAUGAAGAUAUCAACUUUGUACCUCUAACCGCUCAGGAAUGGAGGUCGCCUAGUAAAAGAAUUGCACUCAAAAAUGCCUUUGGCUUUGGAGGCACUAAUGCAAGCUUAUGUUUUGGUCAAUUUAUAUCAUAACUUGCGAAUUACCUGUCAAAAAUCAGGAAAAUAUUCUUAGGUGAAACCUCAUACUUCCUAAUAGGAAUGGCUUCAUAGAAAGAACUGUUUCGAAAAAAUAAAAUUACUUGAAAACAUAAAUGAUUUUAUGAUAAUACAAUUGCCAAUAAGACUGCUGCAGUUGAAGGAUUGAUGAAUCUCUAGUUCGAUUUGAAUAUUGUUGAUCACAAUUCUAAUAUUAAAAUUCAAUUUGAAAUAAUGUUAGCGCAAAACAAUAUAUUCAUCUUUGAGAUAGUUUAUUCAUUCACAUUCAGGUAUUGAAAUGAGAUGAGGUAGUUUACUGAAAGAAGCAAAGUUAUUUUUAUGAUGAAUGUGUAUUAUAUAAUUGAUAUUUUAUUAUCAACCAAGAAUUGUU